UUACUAGAGUAAAAAAGCUAAUUGUGUUUGGAGGAAUGAGACUAUGAACUGUGAGUUGCGACAUCUGCACAGGGGAGGGGAGAAGACAGACAUAUUGUACCCUUUUAUAUAUCAGCAAAAGCAGAAAAGCAGGAAGGAAACUUCAUCCAGGGCAGAGUCAGGACAAGUCACAUCACUAGACUUCACACAUCACUCCAAAGGCAUAGAUAAAAGGUUAUGUGCAUAUAUGGAAUGGGGGGGUGAGGGGGAAGCUACACUUUAUGUUUGUUGAUUUACUUGUUUGUGGGCUAAAUGACUGAGCAGUUGGCUCAUGCUAACAAUAUUUUCAAACAAACAAAAAAAUACUUUUUAAAAAACUGGGAUUUAAAGAGAGUUACAAGGAUAAAGCAAGACCUGGAAAAUAAGAGUUAAAAAUUCUGAUACACUGUCCUUAAACCCACUAGCUAAAACUAAUGAUUAGAAGCUCAGGCUAGAUUAAUAUAGACAAAUAUGAAAGCAUAACUUUAAGAGUUAGGCUAAGUGGCCAUCUUGAAAACCGACCUAACCGGUGGAUUUCUCUCAAAUUCCCAGACUGGAUCUUUCCAGAUCAGCUGCUGCUUCACUAGAGGUUACUGGCUUGAUGCACAAACUUCUGAAUGAAAUCCUUCAGUGUGUCAUGCAGGAGGUCAAAUGAGACAGUUCUGCUUGUUCUACACAGUUACCUCUGAAGCCACUUCCUGUUUAAGACCUUUUCAAAACACACAUAUGUUCUCCAACAAUUCCCCCAAACCACUCGUUUUAAUAUAUAGCCUAUGUGUGCUUCCUAUUUUUGUUUCUAGAUUUAUAAAGGGAAGAAAAAAAAAAAAAAAAAGUGGAAAAAAGUGCCUUUUACUUUUCACUAUUUACACCUCCUAAAGAAAGGAAACUGAAACAUACUGUGUUCCAAGCUGCACACGCAUUGCCUUCUAGAGGGUUUCUCAUGGGUGGGCAACUUCUGGAAUUUAGGAGGGAGAGGGAAGGCUAUAUUAAAGAUUGUUAAAUAUUUCCCUAGGGAAAAGCAGAGUUUCUCUGCUAUUUACACAGCAGGAUAAGAAAAAAAAAAAUAGGUCAAAAUGCAAGCGCUCCUUUAAACUCCUCAAGCUACUGACUUUAUAUAUUCCUUUUCUAUUUAGUUAUGUCAAAACACUAAUAUUAAUAAAUAAACACUACAGUAUUAAAUGUGUCAGAACACUAAUACAAACGUCACCGCCAUAGCUGUGUGACUUGGUGAGAAACUACCAUAAUUUGAAAAUACAGGUAGCAAAGAGGAGAAUGUCCAAGGUAGCCAUGCGUCUCUUGGCUACCCCUGCUUCGGUGGGGGCUGCUUCCAGAUGAACAAAGCACUGUAAGAUUCUCACUGAAUUUGACAAUUUGUAGGUGCUCAGUUCCUCUUAAAAAACAAAAAAACCCACUCUAACCCAAACUGACAUUUGAAAAUUGGAGCAUGUCUUCAUUAAGGUUAUAGAAGAAUGGUAGGAGAGUAAGGAACAGAACCCAAAUAUGCUGAGUCUUACUUCUUUGCACUAAACACAAGACAGUCUUUCUUCUUCAUAUUACCCUGUUAAUUGCCAAACAAAAUUUUUUGAAAAGCAGGUUCCAAUUGAUGUGUCCUUGGAGAAAGACUUGUGCUCACCCUGCAGAAAGCUUUAAUUCCUCAGUGUAUUUUAAAAUAAGGUUUUAGUGCUGAGCUUCCUGACUCAGAUUUAAUGAAAUUCAAAAGAUUUUUUGACAGGUAAAAAUGAAUAGUCACCAAAUUAAUUGUCUUUGAAGGAAAAAAAAAAAAAUCAAAGCUGCAUAAAUGUGCAUCUUCCCUCAGUUUCUAAAACUCUAUUUUCAGAAACUGAAAAGUUUCCCAUUUCAUUCAGCAGGCAGGUUAAUGACACUUCUUGUAUUUAUGUAAAAUUGUGCAUGAAAUGUAGCCACAUUUUAUUAACUCCUUCCUCUGUUCAUACAGUUUGAGUACUCAACGCAAUUAUUUUGAAAUAUACGUAUUGCAUUAAGCCAGGGUAGACCUUCAAACUGGGUCCUAAUGUCAUUAAUAUUUUCUUCUUAAUGUAAUUUAUUACUGUAACUGGAUGGCACAAUCUAUGACCUGUGUAAGGAUGCACCUUAUUAAUGCAUCUUGUUAAAGGAACUAGAAACCCUACAUAAAGCUGACUCACCAGGCAGAUGCAUCUUACUUCUAACAGGACCUGAACGAAGGGCAUAAGCCUCGUCGCAGAGACAGGGUGAUCCUGUAGGACAACCUGGGAAUAACUAAGCUUGUAGCAAAACGCUUUGGGCUGCUGCUGAUUGAAUGACUCACAAAGCUAAACCCGAUGAAGCUGGUGAAUUUUACCCAGUAGAGCUGAUGCAGAUUUUGGCUUCAAUCCAGCAGAGCACUUAAGCACAUGCUUAAUUAUAAGCAAGUGACAUAAAGCAAUUUAGUUAAACACGUGUUUAAGUGCGUUGCUGGACUUUAUUUAGAGAAACGUGGAAAAGUUGGUAACCCCUACAAGAGAUGAAGUUGAGAAAUGCACGAGAAGCUGAGACACAGUCAAAGUUGUGAAGGCGCAGACAGUUUGGGCGGAGAGCUACUCCAAGGAAGGCGCGGGCUUGAAGAAGCUUUGGCCUCUAGCGAUUCUCCAAAUUGUUUACUGCGUGGGGUCACGGAGGACACCACGAUCGCCGAGGUUACAGCACUGAAAACCCAUCCUCGGGCCUUCUCGAGGGGUUGGGAGGCCCCGGUAGUUGCACGGCCACUACCUCCGUGAGCGCACCGGGUGCCGCGGGGCCUCCCGCCCCGGCCCACCCCACACGCUGCCUCAGAAGGGCCCGGCCCCACCCGCGAGCGAGGCGGGGGGCUCGGGGCUCACUUCAGCCCCCUCCUCCCCAGCAACCACCGUGGCCGCGCCUCCCCUCAAGGAACCCCCCCUUCUCCCCCCGGAGAUGAAGCCGCUGGAACAACCCCGGAGGGGUGGAGGGAGCACCCCCAUCCCCUCACCCGAGGCCCAAAGGGCCUUUCCCGUCCCCUCCGGGGCUUCCCACGGCCGCGCCAGCCUCCUGACCCGCGCAUAACCCUGCCCGCCGGCACCGCCCGCCCCGGCCCCAGCGGGAGGGCCCGGCCCGGCCUGGCGCGGCGCUGCCCGGCUCCGCUCCGCUCCCCUCUCCUCUCUUCUCUUCUUCUUCUUCUUCCUCCUCUUCCUCCUCCUCCUCGCUCCGCUGCUCCGCCGCGCCCGGGCGCCCGCCGGUCCUCCGAGCGCGCUUCCCAUGCUGCACCGCGGCGCGGCGGCGCUCUGGCCGGGCUGUCGCUGUCACCGCCAGGAGGAGGCUGAGGGAAGGCGCCGCUCGCCCCGCCGGAGCAGGAAGGAGCCGCCGCCGCCGCCAACUUCCCCCCGGCCUCGGCCUCCCCUCCCCCGCCGCCGCCGCUGCCUCCCCUCCCCCGCGCCCCGCCAUGCCCGGGGCCGCGGCACGGGCACUCUGAGCCGCCGCCGCCGCGCCCCGGCACGGCCCGCCUUCUCUUCGCAGCUCUGCGGCCGGUUAUUGCACUUAAGAAUGAACAUUGAAGACAAGCUGGGAGGAUUAUUUCUUAAAUGUGGUGGCAUAGACCAAAUGCAGUCAUCCAGGGCUAUGGUAGGGAUGGGUGCAGUAUCUGACCAGUCUGGAGUAUCGGGAGAACGGCAAGAGGCAGUGCUUCAAGAUCGGACUAUGGCGCACCAAGAAAUUCUUGCAACAGAUGAAGUGUUACAAGAAAGUGAACUUCGACAGCAAGAGAUGAUUUCACAUGAUGAACUCAUGGUCCAUGAGGAGACGGUAAAAAAUGAUGAUGACAUGGAUACACAAGAUAGACUUCCUCAAGGGCUGCAGUAUGCUGUUAAUGUCCCUAUCAGUGUAAAGCAAGAAAUUACCUUUACUGAUGCAUCUGAACAACAGAAACGAGACAAAAAACAAAUACGAGAGCCAGUAGAUUUGCAGAAAAAGAAGAAAAGAAAACAGCGUUCACCAGCAAAAAUCCUUACAAUAAAUGAGGAUGGAUCACUUGGUGUGAAAACCCACAAAUCUCAUGUUUGUGAGCAUUGCAAUGCUGCCUUUAGAACCAACUACCAUUUACAGAGACAUGUCUUCAUUCAUACAGGUGAAAAACCAUUUCAGUGCAGUCAGUGCGACAUGCGUUUCAUACAGAAGUACCUGCUACAGAGGCAUGAGAAGAUUCAUACUGGUGAAAAGCCAUUUCGUUGUGAUGAAUGUGGUAUGAGGUUUAUUCAGAAAUAUCACAUGGAAAGGCACAAAAGAACUCACAGUGGAGAGAAGCCUUACCAGUGUGAAUAUUGUUUGCAGUAUUUCUCCAGGACUGAUCGUGUGCUGAAACAUAAACGUAUGUGCCAUGAGAACCGCGACAAGAAACCGAACAGAAGUGCCACGAAAGUUGGCUUUUUGCCAUCAGAGGAAGAUUCUGGUUUCUCUACGCCUAUGAAAGACAGCUCCUUGCCAAAGAAGAAAAGGCAGAAAACCGAGAAAACAAAAUCAGGGGAUAAGGAAGGUACAGAUAAAUCAGAACAGAAGAAGGACAAAAAUGACUAUUUGCCUUUGUACUCUUCUAGUACUAAAGUAAAAGAUGAGUAUAUGGUAGCGGAAUAUGCUGUUGAGAUGCCACAUUCUUCAGUCAGUGGAACGCACUUAGAAGAAGCAAAUUCUGGAGAAAUACACCCACCUAAGCUCGUUCUCAAAAAAGUUAACAGCAAGAGGAGUCUGAAACAGCCACUUGAGCAAAGUCAAACCAUUUCACCUUUAUCUACAUAUGAAGACAACAAGGUUUCAAAGUAUGCCUUUGAUCUUGUGGAUAAGCAAAGUUUACUGGACUCUGAAGGUAAUGCUGACAUUGAUCAAGUUGACACAUUACAGGAAGGGCCCAGUAAACCUGUACACAGCAGCACUAAUUAUGAUGAUGCAAUGCAGUUUUUAAAGAAAAAGAGGUAUCUACAAGCAACUAGUAAUAACAGUAGAGAAUAUGCCUUGAAUGUAAGUACCAUAGCAUCUCAACCUUCGGUAACACAGGCAGCUGUGGCCAGUGUCAUUGAUGAAACUGCUACAGCCUCAAUAUUAGAUACACAGGCACUGAAUGUUGAAAUUAAAGGUAACCAUGACAAAAAUGUCAUUCCAGAUGAGGUACUGCAAACUCUGUUAGAUCAUUAUUCACACAAGGCUAAUGGACAACAUGAGAUAUCUUUCAGUGUGGCUGACAGUGAGGUGACCUCCAGUAUAUCAAUCAAUUCUUCUGAAGUAUCUGAGGUCACCCAAUCUGAGACAGUUGGAACAAGCUCUCAAGCUUCCUCAUCAGAUAAAGCUAGUAUGUUACAAGAAUAUUCAAAGUUUUUACAACAAGCAUUGGACAGAACUAGCCAAAAUGAUGCCUAUUUGAACAACCCGAGCCUUAAUUUUGUGACUGAUAACCAGACUCUUACAACCCAGCCAGCAUUUCCUUCCAUGGAGAAGGUCUACACAUCCAUACCCGUCAAUAGCUUUCGAUCGGGAAUGAACUCUCCAUUAAGAACAACUCCAGACAAGUCUCAUUUUGGACUAAUGGUUGGUGAUUCUCAGCACCCUUUCCCCUUUUCAGGUGAUGAGGCAAAUCAUUCUUCCUCCUCCUCUACACAGGACUUCUUGGAUCAAGUAACUUCUCAGAAGAAAGCAGAGGCACAGCCUGUUCAUCAAGCAUAUCAAAUUAGCUCCUUCGAGCAGCCCUUUAGAGCUCAGUACCAUGGGGCAAGAGCUGGAAUAUCAUCUCAGUUUAGCACUGCCAAUGGACAGGUGAACCUUCGGGGACCAGGGACAAGUGCUGAUUUCCCAGAAUUUCCCUUGGUAAAUGUAAAUGAUAGCAGAGCUGGGAUGACUUCUUCACCUGAUGCCACAACGGGCCAGACUUUUGGCUAAGAAAUAUUUGUAAAUAAUACUGGCACUUUAGAACACAUUUGUCAAAAGGGGGUUGCUCUGUGUAAGAUGGAGUUCUGUACAGCUUUUAAGAGCGCUAUGUUAAAACAGAAGUAAGCUGACAUUAGCAAGACCAAUAACUGCUUUCUUUUCCUUUUUUUUUUUUUUUUUUUUUUUUUUUUUCUUCCAGUUAGUCACCAGUCAUUGAACUGGCUGAUGUUGGUGCCCCUAUCAAAGCCAGUUUAUUAUUCACUUGUUUGAAUCCAGAAAAUAUUUUACCUUCUAUGAAAUUUAAAAUUAACAAAAUCCCCAGGUAAGACUUUCCCCAAUGAUUGUUUCCCUACUGGUUUCCUUGUAUGCUUGCUUUGGGAGGACAGUUUAUUGUCUGAAACUAUUUGUAUUGUCAUUUCUAGGCUUGUCAGCAUAGUCAUUGCUCUUCAUCAGGGAAUCAACAUAUACUAAACACACAGAAUAAACAAUAAGUUUCAAAGUCAAGCAAAUAUGCCUUUAAAAGAUGGCAUUUUCUAGAAAAAUAAUCUUUCUUCCAUCUCUCAAAAAUAAUUUUAGACCAUGGGCCCUUUAUUUCUGCUUUGCAUUACCUUGAGUUGUGUUUGGAGGAAAAAAUAAAUUCUGAUAGACUAACUCUACUAUUUAAAAGUCUAAUUAAUUUAAAAUACUUUAAACACUUUUUUAAGCAAAAUGCCUAACUGCUAAAGCCUUUACUUCAUUCCUGAAGUAAUGUGUAUUUCUUUGUACAGCUGAAUCUAGAUGUAACUUUUUAAUGACUUUUUCAUAUGCAGAUAUCAAGAUUUUGAAGUUUUAGUUAAAAUACCCUGUAGAUGACAUUCCCAAUUGCAUAAUGCUUACACAAACUGUGUAUUCCAAGAUUUAAAAGCUUAAUUGUACCUUACCCUGCAUACUCAUAAUGAUUAACAUAGAGCACUUAGUCAACUUGAUAGUUUUUGAUUUCUCAACAAAUAAAACCAUUGUUAGAUUUUUAGGUUUGAUACGGUUGCAUCAUUUUCAUCUCAUAGACCUCCAAUAAUUCUUUUCAAUAUACUUGAGAUUGGAUAUUCUUAGCUUAUGUAAAAACUGUUUUAAUUCUCUGUCUAGAAUUUUGACAAUUCAGAUCAUUACAUUUGUUGAAGUAUCCCUGAAAGCUGAAGAAGUGGGCAUUCAAAUUCCUUAUCUUUUUAGUGUUUGCUUGGUGAAAGUCAUUACAGUUUUACCAACCAAAACUGCUGAAUAAUGCUAGCGAACAGGAUUUCUUUUUCCAGCAUAGGAGAGUGAUCAGAAGUUUUUGUUGCAUUUCACAGUAUAAAUAAACUACAAAGUUUAUCCCUGUACCAUGAAUAUGUUUUUUUGAAUAGUACUUUGUCUUGAAGUAUACAGUAUGGUACGAUAAGUAGUUCUGUGUGCAUUUUUAAGGUGGUAAGAUUUGAGUAGCAUAACUAUUGUGUAGUUUAAGUUAACAAGUUACAGAUUUUUGAACUGUAUGUUCAUUCUAUUGCACCUUCCCUAAAGGGACACUGUCUAGUAGUUUAAGGCAGUUUAAGCCUAAUGUAGGCUGAUUAACCAGGGAAAAACACACACACACACACACACACACAUAUAGGUAUGUAUGUAUAUGGUGGUUUGUUUGUUUGUUUUAUUUUUUAAAUAGGAUUGCAUACAUCCUUUUAACAGCACUAUUGCUAGCUGGUAUCUAUCUCUCAGAUGAAGCGAUCAGCUAGGAGAAAAGACUUAAUCUCAAGGGGCUAAAAUUUAUCCUGUCUUUUAAAAAAGGACUUGAGCAGGACACAGAACAGUUCCCACCUCUUCCCAAAGCAGUAGGAAUAUUUUUCUUCAUUUUCACUACUAGGAAACUGAUCCCACUCUGUCUCUUUUUCCUUAUGGUAGAGCUAUUACAGCACUAACUUCUCUUGGUACUGCUGAGGGAGAAAGUGUAUUUAUUAUCCAUAGCUUGCUUCUUAUAUUAACAUGGAAUGCAUUUUUAUGUGAACUUCUUACUUAAUACUUUUGUAUAAGAGAACGGGUUCUGUUUUGAUUCAUUGACCCUGUGUAUAAUAUAGGAAGGUGUUUCAGCGUGCUAUGACUUGCCAGUAAUUUUGUCUGAGUAUUUGGCCCUAAGCUGGGAAGAAUGAGCAUCAAGGGAGAAAAGUAAAUUCCUUAUGGAUUAUUAAUGAUCCAUGUCAAAAAAUGUAUUUGAAAAAAUAUUUUUAAACUGAUUCAUCUGUCUGUUUUUUCUUCCCUUAUGGUCAGUUCUGUUUUUUGAUUUUCUAUUCUAUGUUGCACAAACUUAAUACAUAAGGCCCCUAUAUCCCAGGAAGCCAUCUCUUGUAACUCCUGUUUCAUUUUCAGUGUUUCAUUUCCAUGACGUCCUAGCUUGUGCUGCCUGGAUAAUACUGUGUUGGCAUCUUUGUCCUGUUGUUGCAAGUGGAUGGCCAUUAAUAGUACUCUGUUAAAUGCAACAAGCAGCAAAGGCCAAAAAACCAACCUAACAAACAAAAGACUAGGUUAUUAAUGCACUUCUCUGGCCUCAUAAGGAGGUAAGAGGAGUAAAGCCUCCUUUUCCCGAAGGAGAUUAACUCAACUUUAUUUUGAAAAGUUACUGCACUGAUACUCUACUGUGAGAAAGCAACUGAGGAGUAGGAGAGAGUAGCUCUCGCUCCUCCAUGCCAUCUUCACACUUAGGAAUCACUACUUGAGUGCAUGAGGGAUUAAACUGUUGUACAGAGUGAAGGAACCUGCUCUUCCCUGGAGCAAAGUGGGAAUUAUCUGAGGAACUGCUGGUCUUUACACCACAUCUCACUCUCUAGCCUGCAGCUGAGCUGUUACAGCUGUACUCUGUGCCUUAGGACAGGUUGUGGAGUCCCCGCCUAGCCCACAGGGACUAUCUCGCAGGGUUCUUCCACAGGUACAAUUGAGGUGGCAGUGUGAGUAGUUGCUCCACUGAUACUUGAACCUUUCUGUAUUGGAGGAAUUAACCAAAUAUACUGCUAUGAUUUCCUGAGUACAUGCACUUUCAUUCUGGAGUAAGUGUGUAUGUAGUUCUGAGAGUUUUAACUAUGUAAAAAACUCUUGCUUGUUUAAUAAUUACAUUAUUUAAUAGCAUUUCCCACUGCUCAUGUUUUGCUGCUUUUAAUCUGCUGCAGAUGCACACUCUUCAUUUUGAUCUGGUCAGUGUUCAUUUUUGUUAGUUUUCCAUGUAUGUCUGGAAAAAAGCGACUUUGGUUUUCUGUUCUGUUCUUGUACUGAUAUUGUUCAGUUGGUCAGCGCAAGGCUGGGGUGAGCAUUUAUAUUCCACAGAGCUAACAACAGACAUUCCUACUUAAAGGUCAUACAAGGACUAAAUGUGUGUGUGUGUGUAAGGUGGAAUUUUUAUUUUUUGGGGAUAUCUCCUAGUCAUAGAGCAAUGAUGAUUUUAAAAAAGAGGAAAUUGAUGACAUUUAUUACCAAACUAUAUAUAUAUAUAUACACACACACAUAUAUAUAUACACACACACAAUGUGUGUGUGUAUAUAUAUAUGCACAUAUUAAUAGGCCAUAUUUUGGUCCUAAAUUACUUGACAGUGUCCCUUUCAGCAUGAAUCCUUUGAUAUGUUUUACCAUUAAUAUAACAGACAAUGGAGGAGUCAGCUUGUAAUGGUAUACUAAUAGGCAUUUCCAUUUUCUUCAUUUGAUUUGAGAAUGAAUUAAUCAUAAAUUACAAGGUUUGGGCAGAAGGAUUAACCGUGUGUAUUACUGUAUGUUGGUUUACAAAUAACAACCUAAACAAUUUAAAUUGGAUGAUAAAAGAACUGUUUAUGAUCUUGUGUCUCCUAGUGUUGUUUUUAGGAAAAUUAUGUUUCAAGAAGAAAAUAGGACAGGAAAGUAUUCAUGUGAAAUAACACCUGUAUUAUUUUUAUAUUGUACUUGUCAGUUUUUUGGAUGAUGGGAGCUUUUAAUUGUUAAUUGAGAAGUACAGUAAAAUCUUGCUAAUUCGCUGACCGCUAAUCAGAGCAUCCAAUAGGUUUAUACAUCCCUGGUGGUCUCUUCCCCACCUCUCUGCAAUGGUCUAAAAAGUACUGUAGUGAGGUCUCAUAUUAGUAGUACUGUACUACUUCACCCAAGUAUACCAUAGAAUCUAUAUGAGUAUACUGGGAGGUACAAGAAGUAUUGAAAGCUAAAUUGCAGUUGUCAAAAUAAAUGAACAAAUUACAUUUUGUGAUGUGACAUCCUUGCUUUUAUUGCCUGCUUCUUCACUAUUUUCAAAAUUGUCAUUUUGUAAAGGGUUCUGAGGCUUUGCUGCGAAUUAUUGGGGUUCUACUGUAACUUUUGGCAUUUAUUCUAGAGUAUUCGUGUUCUCCUAUGAAAGCUUUCCACUUGGACAGAUACAUUAUAUUCCAUGCUUGUUCAGAAUAUUUUUAUAGUAUUUGUAUCAUAUGUAGUAACUAUUUGAAAUGAACCAGAAUAUUUGGAUGAAUCCACUCUGAAUUUUGCAGCAUUGGAUUACUUUAUGUAUGUAUAUUUCCUAACUAAAUUUUCUUGGUUUUGAGAGCUUUGAUUUUUAUUCUUCUUCAUUUGCUUGUUUUAAUACCAUUACAAAUUGCAGGGGAAAUCCUAAUACUCCUGGGAAUCCAUUUGGAAAUUCUAACAGGCAGAAAUAUGCUUAUGCUGUUGGUACCAGUACACAUGUGAACUUUCAAAUUACAUGGUUGGUACUGAAGCAAAUGAAUAAUAUUACAGUUUCCUAGUGUUAAAUGUUUUACUAAAAUGAAGCCUUGUAACUUUGAAAGUUCAUUCAGCUUAUGGUAAUGCAUGUUUAUGUUAGGCAUGUAAUGCAUUUAGCUAAAACUUAAUUUGCAAAGGACAAGUACUAAGAAAGUACUAUUGCUAAUGGAAAGAAAUGUCUUUAAGUUAAAUUUUAAACUUUUGUUCAGUUUUAAAUUGCUUUGUGUCAGGGAAAUAAAUUUAUAGUCGCUUUUGUCCUACUCGGCAUAUAAAACCCUAUGUUUCCUUUUUAAAAUUAGAUCUUUUGGUAGGAAACACAAACUGAGGCAAGCAAACAUUUCUAAGAGUUGUUUCUUGCUUUCCUUAAUCCAAUGGAUGGAAAGGUAAUAUUGUGUAAACAACAUUAUUUUAUUUUUUUAUGCAAUAUCAUGCUGUAAAUAUGAUUUAUCAAAUAAGGAUGUACCUAUGAUUGAAUCUUUGAUUCUGCACAGCUAGAGUUUAUAUAUAAAUAUAAAUGUGUCUUGACAAUCAAGGACUUAUGUCAGUCUUCCUUUAUGACGUUUCUUAUUGUUAUGCAUUCCAUUUGUUUGACUUGAGUAUUUGUAUUGUCUGUAAAGUGUGUAAUGUUUUUAUAGCUUGUUUAAAAAACAAACAAAAAAAACCUGUAAAUACAUAGGAACUGAUCACAGUACCGUUCUGUUAGGAGGCAUAUGAUGAUGUACUGUUUGUGAGCAAUAAUACAUGACAGUGCUAUCUUUACAAGUAGCAUAAGGAUAAGUUCCAAAAAUACCUUUGGGAGUUAAUAGCCUUGUUUGAGUUAAUGAAUAUUCUUAAUAAUUUUUUUUAUAAAUAAAUUCAGAUGUCCUCCUGCUGGAGUAUAUAACAUUGUUUACACAGCACAAUUUCAGUUGCAGAGGGGACAGUCUUUAGAUCUAUGGCUUCAUCUGUACACACUUUGAGUAAGAAACGAAUGGCUUGGCUGCACUUCUGCAAGAUGAGGAAGACUGCAAAAGUUGAAUAGCUGUGUCUCUAAAGGAUGAGAGAUACUAUUCUGCUUCUGUGCUGAUUCCUGACAAUUCCUCUACUUAAAUUUGGAGUCUUUAAGUCCUGAUACUGAACUGAUGAGACUUGGGCCUCCAGUAGAAAGGAGUAGUUCUGUUCUUAUUUCAUAUGCAGAUAAACAGUGAACUUGCAAGUCACCUCUUCAUUUGAGUUGCAUAUUUUUCAAAUUACGAGCUAUGAGAUGAUAAGAUGGGUUUAUUCCAAUAAAUAAACUAAAUGUCAAACUUAUAGUUUGAAUUGAAUAGGUAUUAGACUGUACAGAGCAGCAUAACUAUUUGAACAGUCAUCACUGCUUUAGAACCCCCUACCCCCAAUUUAUAAAUGUAUAUUACCUACAUUUUAUAGGAAAAAAAAUGUUUUUAAAUGCUAGUCAUUUAUAUAAUAUGUGCUUUGAAGGAUUUGCUAGUCCACUUCUGUCACUUUUAGUACACUGGUAUCUUUUAUAUGUAAUGUAUGCUUUUUAUUAUUAUUAAUAUUAUAAUUAUUAUUAUUAUUAUUAUUGUAGUAAAGCAUUUCAGUAGGAGGAAUUUUGCAACAGUAUGAGGGGUUGAAAUUUUCAUUGUCAGAAAUGAAUUAUACUGGACUUUCUCUGUGUAA